AUGUCAUUUUGUAUUCUCACAACAGUCAGGGAGCUCUGGGAUGGGGUGGGGGACAGAGAGGGAGAAUACUAUCUCUCCCUUCCAGUGGUUAGAAAGGGGCAGGGUGCUUCAUGUAUUUCAUGGUCUAGGAAUGGUAACUUGUUAGGAAUCCUGCAAGCUCAAGAGGAGAUUCUCCAUCAGGAGGGGCACAGCAAGGGGGUCUAUGACAUCGCCUUCCACAUUGAUGGCUCUCUUGCUGGGACUGGUGGCAGGGAUGUCUUUGGUCGGGUGUGGGAUCUGCGUACUGGGCGCUGGAUCAUGUUCCUGGAGGGCCACCUGAAGGAAAUCUAUGGGAUUAACUUCUCCCCAAAUGAAUAUCACAUAGCAACUGGCAGCGGGGACAACACAUGCAAAGUGUGGGACCUCCGCCAGAGGAAGUGUGUCUAUACCAUACCUGCCCACCAGAACCUGGUGACCGGAGUGAAGUUUGAACCUACGCAUGGUAACUUCCUGUUCACCGGUGCUUAUGAUAACACAGCCAAGAUCUGGACUCACCCAGGCUGGUCCCCUCUGAAAACGCUGGCUGGCCACAAGGGAAAAGUAAUGGGACUGGAUAUCUCCUCAGAUGGGCAGCUAAUAGCAACAUGCUCAUAUGACAGGACCUUCAAAUUGUGCAUGGCAGAGUAGCUCUGAGCUGCCAGUGACCCAGGACAGGGAAUAUCACAGACUGGGCUGUCCCUGCAUUUUUAUAUUAAAAAA